GUGGCGGCAGAUGUUCUGGAUUGGAGUGGUGCCAGCGGCCGCCCUGGCUGCUGGCAUGCUGUGGGCGCCUGAGAGCCCGAGGUGGCUUGCUAAGGGGGAUGGGGAUGAGUUGAUGGGCUGGGCUGACAUGUGUGCAAUGGCGUGGGUUCCCGAAAGCAUAAGAUGGUUUUCUAAGGUGCGGAGGUGGGUGCAUGGUAUGGCGUGGGGUGGAUGUGCUGGUGGCAUGGGGGGAAGCACUGCGUUUGAAGCGCCUCAAAAGUGGGGUGGAUGUGCUGGUGGCAUGGGGGGAAGCACUGCGUUUGAUGCGCCUCAAAAGUGGGGUGGAUGUGCUGGUGGCAUGGGGGGAAGCACUGCGGCCAUGAGAUGGGCGUCUGAGAGCCCAGACGUUCCCUCUGCUGAGUUUCUUCAUUCCUUCCUCUCCUUCCCUCUUUCCCGUCCCUACUCCCCUUUCCUCCACCCCUUCGGCACCUUACCCCUCCCCAUCGCUCUUCCCCCUGCCGGUUUCCCCCACCAGGUGGGCAGGAUUGACAAGGCAGAGAGCCAGCUCAAGCGCCUGCUGGGUCCGUCCCAGGCUGCUGCUGCUGCAGUAGAAACUCUCCUCCUCGUCCCCUUCUCCCUGCCUUAA